AAGGUCCCUGAAUGACCUUGACCUAAAUAAAGAUUGAUAAAGAAGUGGAAUCAUUGAAACAUCGGAGCUGACCUCACGCCCGUAUUUCUAUGUACUGUUGACUUCACAGACCAAAUCAAAAAAUAUUUUAAACAGUUUCAGUACACUAAAACAGUUUUGGACAACAUGAAGCGGAUAGGAUACUGGGUUACGGACAAAAAGUUUAAAAAGAUGAGAUUUGCAAGUUUUCAUGAUAUUUGCAGGGAUGCAGGCUAUGAAGCUGUCAGGAUAAAAGAGCCAGAAGAUUUGGAAAAACAGGGUCCAUUUGAUGUAUUUAUUCACAAACUCUCUGAUGACAUAGGGUCAGCAUUAGAUGGGGAUGAGGAGGCCAAAGAAUUAGUCCAAAAGUUUCAGUCCCAUUUCCAGAGAUGCCCCUCUUUACUGGUAAUAGAUCCCUUUGAUAAGGUUGCCAGAAUGAUAGACAGACGGGAACAAUACCAGGCUGCCAGAGACUGCUUUCAGAAACUUCAAGAUGAUCAGUAUUUUAUACCAAAUUUUGUUGAACUCACAAACACAGAUGUGUCAAGUAACAAGAAGCUAAUUGAGCAAGCAGGAAUAACAUUCCCUUUUAUAUAUAAACCUGCUGCAGCUCAUGGUUCUGCAGAGUGUCAUCAUCUUGCAGUUGUAUUCAAUGAAGAUGGCCUACGUGACCUCCCGCCUCCAUGUGUAGCCCAGAGUUUUACAAAUCACGAUGCUGUCUUGUAUAAAGUGUAUAUAAUAGGGGACCAUAUCCAAGUGGUGAAGCGUCCAUCUCUUAAAAAUUUUAAACAGGGAGGUAGCAAAGAAUCUACUGUGUUUUUUGACAGUUAUGGAGUGUCUAAGCCCAACUCAAACUCGCAUUUAAACAAGUUGGAUCUGAAGGAAGAAGAACCCAGUGAUAAAACUGUGCUGCUGUCUCCAGAUCUAGACAAGGUGCGCAAGAUGGUGACUGCACUGCGCAGCUCUCUCAAACUAGAACUGUUAGGAAUUGACCUGAUCAUAGAGAAAACAACUGGAAGAUAUGCAGUGAUAGACAUCAAUUCAUUUCCAGGUUACGAUGGAGUAGACAACUUCUUCGAAGUACUUUUAGACAUGUUAUCAAAGAGGCUACAGCCAAAUGAACGAGAAGGUACCAGAAAAAGAAAGUCUUCUGAACCACUGGAAAAAGAUCUGCACACCUGAUUAUGACAAUUUCAUUGAGUAGUAAGAGCUGCUGAACUGCAAUGACAUCCACAAAAUCUUAAAUUUUUAUAGAGCCAUAUUUUUAAUCUAAAUUUACGACAGAUAAUUAUCGAUCCUCAGUGGUGUGUUCAGAGAAGGUGAAAUGUGCAACAUCAAAACACUUCAGAGGCCAACAGUUUUUGCCACCAUAUAUAUUAUUUUUAUUUUGAAUACAAUAUACUGAUGAUAAAACUAUUAGGUUCACAUUGGUACUAGACUCAGUGACCCCACAAGGUCAGGGUCGGUCGGGAGAGGGAUAGGACAUACUGUAAUCUCAGAACUAUAUAUGUGAGUAAGUGAACAACAUUUAUUGGAUCUUAUAAGCAGCAAAGCUAUCCAUUAAUAUAAAUACUUUCAUAGAGAAUAGAAAUAAGUACUAAAAAUUCAUCACAUUUCUCUUGUGAGGUAGUUAUGCUUGUGCUCUUGUUUUGUCUUGGACUUUAAAUUUGAAUUGACUGAAUUGUUUGCCCAGUGCCAAACCUGCAAAUUUAUCUUAUAUUUAUUAGUGUUGUGUAAAGUGAGUCUUUAUCCAUAGAUAUUUAUGUCCAGUGGCCAGUCAGGACCUUAAAUUUCAAAGUCUAGUGGUGAAUUACCUUAUAAUAGCAGCCAGCAAAACCUUUGCUUUCUUCAUUGAACAGUAACGAAGAGUGGUAAAGGUGUACGUACCCUGUACCAGGGCCACAGAAUGAUUUUUCACUAGAUAUUUACAAAUAUGUCUCCAGCUAACUCUAUACACUUUUCUCUGCUGCAAGAAUUGAUGUAUGAAAAUUCAUGUCAUUCCUCAGUAAAGAGUAGUAUAUGUAGGUCAGAUUCUUUCAAUAAUCUGAAGCUAACAUGUAGCAAGUAUCUCUAAUUACUCAAAAUAAUUUCAGACUCAUGUUAAUUUGAGUAAUAGAAUAAAUAUUUGCGUGUAGAUAUUCUUGAAAAGUACACCUUAAGUUGUAACCAAGGCACUCCACUAGUGACACAUUUACUCUUCUUCAUGCCAGCAUUAACCAAAUGUUUACUUAAUGUCAUCAUUCACUAUUUCUGAUAUUUAUUGUGUGAGACCAUUCUUGAAACUAUUGUCAUAAAUUAAUUGCUUAAAUUUUGAACUGAAACAUAGUCAAACUUUUUGUAUUAAGUAAAAAUGUAAACUUCUUUGUGUGAGGGUAAUUGUUUUUCUACAAGGUAUACAAAUAAAUUAUUAUUUUGUACAAUAAUUCAAUAGUUCAGAAGUGGGUGAAAUUAAAAUUAAUAAGAUUUGGUGAUGAUCCAUUAAUUAAUAACUUUGUUAUAUUCUUUAUCUGUUAACUUCUGGAUAGUUCAGAAAUAGGCUAAUUAAAAUUGAUUAGAUUUUGGUGAUGAUCCAUAAAUUAAUGAAUGACUAAUUAGGAAUUAAUUACUUGUCUUGGCAGAGGUCUGUGCCUCUGAGUGCUUGUUAAAGCAGUGUUUUUUAGAAAGCAUAUACAAAUAAGUUAGAAUAUCAAUAUAUAUUAUCACUAAAAAUCUUUGUGGAAUUUCUGUUUAUGAAGCAUGACAAUUUUCUGUUUUAUUUAUUUAUGUAUUUUUUAUUUUUGACAACUGCAAAUUAUACGCUGUGCAAUUUUGGAAUGUACAUACCAGGGAAACAAUUUUGGCUGAUGUUAAUUGUGAGUUUUUCAUGUACAAGCCAUUAAAGUGCCAUUUUUUUUUUUUUUUCUUGGUCAAAAACGUUUUAUACUUUUUUCUUUGUAAUUGUAUAAAGCUUGGUUGACACAUAACUGGUGUUGAUUUGGAACCAAUCCUCUGUAUGUUGCAAUUCUUCAUUUUUUACAUGCUUCUAGUCACGCCUGUUUUUCCUUAGUAUGCCGGGAAAGAGUACUCUCAAUAUUUCAUACAGUGAGAAUAAAAUCUCUAAAUUUGCAUGUAAUGUUCCUCUCCCUUCACUUAUUUGAUCAUGCAAUUAAUUUGUUCAGGUUAUGAAUGGCAAUGGUUGCGUGUUUGAUUUUUCAAAAUAUUUGUCAUUUAUAUACUUGAAGCAGUGAUUGCUACCUGCGCAUUGUUACCACAAGUCCACAAAUGACUUUUGCAGACAAAUGAAGUUUAAAUUGCCAUCAAGAAAUCCAGUCAUUUGAAGAAGUUAAUUGUAGUAGAGCAAAGUCAUGGGAUUUAUGUUAAAUAUUCAGAUAGACCACAGUUCAGUACAUCAGGUGGUGACAACCUUGGAAAACAAUCAGGCAGGAAACCUUAUUCAAUAAAUCAUUCUUCAAACUUGGU